AUGUCCCUCGUCUUGUUCUUCGAUUUCGACUUGGAUUCCAUCUCCUUCGAGUCCUUCGACUUGCGGUUGGACUUUGACUUGGAAUCGACCUUGGGGUCUGAUUUGGACUUAGACUUGGGUCCGUCUUUCUUCGUGGCCUCGGGCAUGAUCAAAGCUGUCGUGUACUGGAACCUUCUGAAGGACACAGGGAUCGCCUUCUCCGGAUACUCUUACAAAAGUGGCUACGGCUUCGGCAUGGUGAUGCCGAAGCAGCCAACGACCGACUUCAUCGCGCAGAUCGUAUCGCCCCUGGCGGACAGCGCCGGAUGGGCAGGCGUCAGCUUUGAUAGCUCCAUGGUGGGCCCGCUGCUGCUUGUAACAUGGGCCAACGGCAAUAAAGUGAUGACAACCCCUUACGUAGCCAAAGACUAUACCCCUUCCGGAGUGGUACCCUACACAGCGCACCCGAUAUCCCUGAGGCCGAUCGAGAAGGGAACCUACGUCAACGACACCCACGUCUCCUCAACUUUCCUCUGCGGCGGCUGCAUCAACGCCGACUCCUUCAACGCCAACUGGACCCUCGACAGAAAGCACGAGGCCGUCUUCGGCUACGCCUACUCGCAAACCGCUGUCCACGACCCGUCCAACAUCAACACCAGCCUCUCAGACCACACAUCAUCACGCGGAGGCGGGUAUGGCGCCUUCACCAUUGUGCUGAGCGACGUCAGGUCUGAGCUCUAUGACAAGUACGCGGCGUUGGUGGUGGAAGAAGGCCCGGGAGGGGUGAUCGGCGUUGAGCCGGACCACCCGACGCCGAGCCCUACCACCAGCACCAGCUCCAGCUCGGCGGCAAAAUCAAGCUUCUCCCUGACCACGGAAACACCUGCUGCUGCUACUGCCGCCGCGCAGGGCUGGACGGACCCAUGCUUAGAGUCAGGGUUGGCGUGCGACAUGCCGACCGGGUUAGACUUCAGCCACCGGGAGAUACCGCUAAUGGAACUCAUGGCGUUGGCGCUUGUGGGCUUGCUGUACUUGUGGCAGGCAUUCAAGUCGAGCUGAGAGGGAUGAAGUUGGGAGCUGUAUUCAAGGAGCUGGACGCUGGGGAAAAUAAGAAGCGGCCGUGGAUUGGAAACACA